CCCCCCCCUCUUCUUUUGGGCUACUUACGUCUAUGAGGAUGUUGAGUAUGUCGCUUAACAGCAUCAUGUUAUCCUCAAAAUCUCUUUGACGAAUCCUGUCGACUUGUUCGAAGCCUUAACAACACCAGUGCAUUAUGUUCUUUUUCAUCCAGCAGGCCAAAUACCUAAAGACCAUGGGCGUGGCUGUCGAACAGGAAGAAGCCUCUUCUUUGAAGCGAUCCCUCUCCAAUGAAGCGGCUUCCGAACUGGGAGACUUGGACCGAAUUCUGGAUUUCGUGCUGUGCUGCUUAGCGCACAACCUGACGAACACCAGCUCCUCACAGCGCGUCCCAGACCUUAACAUGUCGUUUCCGCUCAAAUAUGGAUAUAUUGAGGUGCAGUGCCACCUGUCCGCGCAGGAGGGAGCCGUGGACGGCUUUGAGACCCUGCAUCGCGACGGCCGCGCCACCACCUUUCGCGGCGAGGACGGGAAGCUGGUGCUGGACGCGACGGCUGGCCUGCACUUCAUGCGCCUCCGCUACGCCCAGUACACCCUGCGCGUGGGACUCGUCACUCUCCAGGGGACGCUCGAGAACCACAUGGCAAGACAGUUACCAGGCAUUAAUGUUGCUCAGAGCAGGGAAUGUCUUCAGGAGAAACAGGAUGAACAAAGUAAUAGAGAAAAAAAACUGAAUCUCAACAAAGACAAUUCACUCAGUCGUUUCAUGAUUUCACCAUAUUUUGGAAAACCGCUAGAACAUAAGUCAACAGUUCCAUUUAGAUGCCAUUGUUAGAAAAUUUCAAUGAGAUAUCACGUAAUUGAAUUAAACUUUUUUGGGUACUGUGUACUUUUCAGUGAGUAAGAAGAACAUCUUGCAAAUAUACAUGUUAAAUAUAAUACUGAAGUUCUCAAAUUUAAAUCUUUUUUUUUAAAAAACAAACUGUUGGAAUUAUUUUAACUUAUCUUUCUAAGAGCUCUUGACAUAAUUUUGUGAGAACUUAAUAAAAAAUAUUUUGCCAUGUCCUUCUACUUCAAAAAAGUUUUGGAUUCUUCACAAAAUUGGAUAGAUUGGCCAUUGUUACAACUGAACAGAUAUUUAACUUCUGUGUGAUUCAAUUGUGUUGUGUUACUUGCCUGAGGAAAGAAGUAGCCCUGUUCCUAGCCAUGGCUCUAGCAGUUUGUUGUAGAAGAAGCUCUUGGAUAAAUACUUGUAGCCAGAAAGAAUCCACUGAAAUUUAAAAAGCAAGUAAAGAAGAUAUUGUUGUGAAUUCAUGCAGUUCAAAAACUGGAAGAAACUAAAGUAUACAAAUCAGAUAAAAUAUUAGUCAUUUGAUUACUUGGUAAUAACAAGUUAUAAUUUAGUGUCUACAUUGAAAUAUGACGUACAUUAUGAUAUAUUAUGUGAGAUAUUUUAUUUCUGUAUUUUGAAUUUCUAUUUAAAGAAAAAUUCUUCAUAUAAUGUUCUGUUUAAAUAUUUACUCUUUCAUUUCAGAAAAAAAUUGGACAAAUAUUUUAUAAUAGGUAGAACAUGAGUUACUAAAUUUUUGCACUUGCUACUAGUAAAUAUGGAAUGCAUUGCUGAACUGUUAAUUUUCUUAAAUACAAUAUACAAAUAAAAAUGUACCUACAGAUUCAUCUCAGAGUCAUAAUUAGAAACAUUGGGGCUCUGGGGCAACACAGAACUAUUGAUCACGUGCAAUGUAGUUGUCCUACUUGAUCAUUAGGGAGAGGGUUUUAUGCUGUGAAAAAUCUUGAAAUGUACUAUUAAAUAUAUACAUUUAUAACCUAAAAAUUCUGAAAUGUGCACUUUAAUAUACAAUAAAUAU